AGUCGUAAUUCGGUGGUAAAUUAGUUAUUUUCAGUGUGUCUGAGAGCACCGUCGUCCCAGUCGCCGGAAGUCAGCAUGAAGCUGCGUCUCCAACAGAGGCAACGGCGUCGACGUUUUUUUUUCUGACUUGUUUUUUUUUUUUUAUUCGAGAUUUUUUUUUUCUCUUUUUUUAUUUUCUCAGCGAGAUGAGCAGGGAGUGAGCCAUGGAGGCGCACGGAGCGAGGAUGUUUGUUUGGAAAGCUGCUUAAGCAUGAGCACACAGGCCUCCUUGUAGCUUGAGUGAACAAGCCAGCGAACAAAAGGAGAAAAUUAAUGGAGGCAAGUUAGCGUUAGCCAUGUUUGUGUCACCCAGAUGACACCCUCCGCUCAUGACAGCCGCCUAAGCUGCGUUACAACAACCGUGCUGGCAGCAAUCAAACAUUUCUGCUCGGUUUUAACGUUUGCUGCCGAUUUAUUUUUGCAGGAUUUCAUCAGUCACUGCUAGCAUUAGCCUGCAGUUAGCCGUGUCAUAGUUAAGGAGCCAGCUCGUGCCCUCCCGUCAAAAAUGGCUCUCAGGAACACUGAAACAUUGACUUUGUGUUUCCAUGAUAACGGCCCCUUUUUGUUGGGGGCGUUGGGAUGCAGCUUGUGGGGAAUUGGGUCAUUAGCCUUGGUUGCUUUCCCCAUUUGUUAAAAAUUAGCUGCUGCAGCGAAAACAGGAGGCUGGUGGGAAAAACAAAUCAAACAUGACCUGAAUUUAAAUUUCAUGAAACCCCCGAAGGUUAUCGGUUGAUGGUUGCAUUUGUUUUUCACCUGCUCCCCUUGAUUUCAUGAAUAUAUGUUGCUACAAGCCACCAGUCAACCUUUACUAACAUGUUAUUACAUGCAUGCAGGUUAUUUUGGUGCAUGAAGUCCAAAAUAUUUCAUUAAUUCCAGAAGCUAAACAUUAAACUAACAUUUUCUGCUAAAUAAAUUGCAAAUGCAUGCCAGUAUAAGGUAUUAAAACAAAUAUGUCAAUGUAACCUGAGCCCUACAAGUUGAACAAAUGCAAAAUAUUGUUUGUGCCCAAACAGAAAUGCACAUUUUCACUAUUCUGCAUUUAACAAAAUAAAACUCUAAAAACUCACUGAUAUGAUACUAAUCAAGCAACCACUAUAAAAGUAUGCAUUUGGUCAUAGCAACACAUUUAGCUUUACAUGUUAAUGAAGCAGUGCAUGGGCUGUGGUACUUAAAAACGAAUAAAAGGCUGAUCAUCGUGAUUAUUUUAAUGUUCGUCCUUCCUGGGAUGAGCAACGUUCCUUAAUUUCUUUCACCUCCUCUUUGGAAACUUGGUCAGUUGUAUAAAUGAAACCGCCCAGAUCAUUCUUUAUUGAUUUGGUUGGUUUUGUUCUUGUUUAUGCAAACGAUUCUUUUCCACCUGUGGAGAAUGCAUGAAAAGGAAACGAGCUAUGAUGGAUGAAGUCCAGCCACGCAUGGCCUCUGUUUAUAAAUAAUGGACGAUUCCCAUUUCAACUCAUCAUACUUUUGGUCUCCCGUCCCCACAGUACAAGGACAGAUCGAGAACGCCAUGUUCCUGAACAAAGCCAAGGAGCAGCUGGGUCCAGACAAGGCCAACGUGUCUCCCUUCCCUCACCCGUCUGCGUCUUCCACCUCGUCCCCCCACUACCCCACGGCUGUGCUCGCCAUCCCGAGCUCGGGAGACCCGGGGGUUGGGGUGCGCGUGGUCCCCAAACCGGAAGGAGGAGGGGGAGCAGGAGGAGGCGGAAACAGCAGUAGCGCAUCUUUGGGUGGAGUUGGGGGGCACCUACACCAGUCGCACACCUCGCAGAAUGUCACCGUUGUGCCUGUUCCCUCCACAGGCAUCAUGACCGCAGCUGGUUUAGUCAUCACCACCCCACAAGGAACACUGGUCCCCACCGCCUCCACACAGUCCUUUGUAGCUGGACCCCCCACUGCUACCACCAUGAUAGUGUCUGCCGUGCACCACCCAAAUGCAGAUAAGAAAGAGGACAUUUCUGUUCCUCCUGCGGUUGUCAUGCCGACGCCAUCAAAACGAGGCAGGAAGAGCAAACAGAUGAUGGGCAGAGUGAGCGGCGUCCUCCCACCAGGAAGUGAUGCGUUAAUAUUGGCUCACCUUGCUGCUGGUGGACAGGUGAGUGUCUGUUACUGUUGCAGCAUCAUUUUAUUCAUUUGCCUUCAUAUUUCUGCUGUUGUGCUGCAGCACCACGCCUCUGACCCGUACGACCUGUCUAACGAUGAGGAUGAUCACACCAGCAAAGAUGGACCCAAGUCCUACAGGUGUCGGAUGUGCGCCGUGACGUUCUUCAGCAAGUCAGACAUGCAGAUCCACGCCAAGUCCCACACUGAGGCCAAGCCCCACAAGUGUCCCCACUGCUCCAAGUCGUUUGCCAACUCCAGCUACCUGUCCCAGCACAUCCGCAUCCACAGCGGGGCCAAGCCCUACACCUGCACCUACUGCCAGAAAGCAUUCAGGCAGCUCAGCCACCUUCAGCAGCACACACGAAACCACACUGAGGCCAAGCCCCACAAGUGUCCCCACUGCUCCAAGUCGUUUGCCAACUCCAGCUACCUGUCCCAGCACAUCCGCAUCCACACCGGGGCCAAGCCCUACACCUGCUCCUUCUGCCAGAAAACAUUCAGGCAGCUCAGUCACCUUCAGCAGCACACACGAAUUCACACCGGCGACCGGCCCUACAAGUGUAACCACCCAGGCUGUGAAAAGGCGUUCACUCAGCUGUCCAACCUACAGUCUCACCGCCGGCAGCACAACAAGGACAAGCCGUUCAAGUGUCACAACUGUAACCGUGGUUACACGGAUGCUGCCAGCCUGGAGGUGCACCUGUCCACACACACCGUCAAACACGCCAAGCUGUUCUCCUGCGGGCUCUGCAACAGGUCCUACACGUCGGAGACGUAUCUAAUGAAACACAUGAGGAAGCAUAACCCCGACCCGCUAACGGUGGCUGCUACGGUGGCGGCUCAGCAGGCCCAGGGCCUCACGCCGGGCGGGGGGCGGGGCCGAGGCCGCGGUCGAGGCAGAGGAGGGGGGAGAGGAAGCCAGCUCCAGAACCAGAACAACACCAACCAGAGCCCCAACCCCGGGCCCCCAGGCAGCUACCAGCCCACCCAGCAACCCCCGGACACCGUGGUUCAGUGUCCCUUUGAUCUGCACCAGUACAAGACAGUAGCAGCCAGCGAGAUCCAGUAUAAACCGGUCACUGUGGGCGACCUGCCGGUGACCCAUAAAGACCUGUGUCUAACCGUCUCCACGUCGGCCAUCCAGGUGGAGCACAUGAACUCGUAGGCCGCUGUGAUUGGUCCCAGAUAUCUGCCGUGUAAAAAGUUUAAACUCGUCAUUCGUCGUCUGUGACAAACGGGGAAGGAGCUCCGUCAUCUCCUGGUUCAGUCUGUGGAAGGGGAUGGAGUUUACGUACAAUCAGAAUCCACGUCAGAUUAUGUUUGGAGGAUUAGAACCUGCCUCUACUUUUUCACCACAGAUGUUUUAAACAGCUGGGUUCACUUUCUGGGUUCCUCUCAGCAGAAACGCUGGUUUCAGACUCUGUCAGGACCAUCCGAGGCUCUGAGACUCCAUCUCCUCCCCAAACAUCUCAUUUCUGGGCUUUUUAGGCUUUCAUGUAAAUAUUUUCACAUUUUAGUUGAUGUUGAAACCAUAAAAAGGUUUAAUUCUGACGGUAAACCAGCAGUUCUGCUCUGAGGAACGUUAACACCCAACAGUUUCAUUCUGGGGACGUUCCCCAGGAAACGGGACCGAUGGAAGACUCAAGGUUCCUCAGACAGGCCUGGAAUGACGGGAUAAUGUUGAAUCAGGGUCUGAACAUCAAAAGAUCCGUUAUCAUCGUACUCACACCCGUGUUUCCUGUAAGGAGCAACGAGUGGAGGAAUAAUUUCCCUCUGAGCCCAAAUUACUGAUCAAAAGAGACGGAGCGGCUGAAGAAUGUACUUUAAUCUGCAGCAGAGGAGGAAGAGGAGGAGGAAAGCACUUGAUGAAGCUCGUACUUCAUGCCUAUGUUUGUCAUCGUUUGUCUUUUUUUAAUAUAUAUAUAUAUAAAUCAUAUGUUUGUAUUUUUCUACAACAGAGGAACGCUGAACAUGCAGAGAGAAACGUGCAUGAGUGACAGGAAGGGGGGGGGGGUCCAGUUCCAUUUCUAAUGUUAUCCCUCCUCCCUCCCGGAGCGAGGAGAGCCGGCGUGUCUGAGUCAGGGAGCUGGUGGGAGGCGUGAGUGUGAGGAACAGCUGACAGGUACUGUUACCCGCCUUAUUUAGACCAACUUUUCAUACAUCUUACGACUCUUCGUUCCAACGGCAGUGCAGAGGUUACCCACGCCAGACCCGCUCUGGGGCAUUAUGGGAUUGCAGUAUGCUGUACAUAACAUAGAUCAAAGGGAAGUGUUCGUCUCGUGUACAGAAAAUAUAUGAAAAGAGAAAAAAGCCCAACGUACGAGCACCGAGUCACGGAGAUGGGUCUCAGAAAGCUCCGAGGUUUAUUUAAACGUUUAAAUCAAAAGUAAUCAUGUCAACACAACUUCACAUGAUACUGGUAAUAAUCCUGAUUUAAGAGUUUUUAUUGUUAGAAAUAAAAACAUUUUAGUCCCGUUGAAAAGAGAAUUAAAGCCACCUUUACAGUUUUUACAGCGUAAGUUAGAAACUUUCCGCUCAUUUGGGAAAUAAAUGGAAAACCAAAGUUGUAAAACGUUCCCUGAUUCUCCCGGUGCUGUUCAGAAGGGAACCACUGUGAUCAGAAACCCACGAGUAACCAUUUAAACACGAUUCGACGGCACUAAAGGACGGGUCCAACCCAAACGCCCACACGGCGACGGUCUUCAUGUAUAAUCCACCUUGUUUUCUGUUGUGUCUUUUUAUGAAGAAAUAACCUAGCAACGCUCCUGGUAAUCCACUUAUUAACCACCCUCUUGCAUAUGCACAGUUAACCUCAUCUUCCCUUUAUGCCUAAUAAAACAUAAAAGUGUUUAUGUUGCAAAUCCA